CGUCUGUGCUAGCGCACACAGUUACAGUUAAUUGGUAUUUUUUAAUUUAGUUUUUUUUUGUGUGGUGUGGUUUUCUGUGAUGUUCAUAUGAUCGCGACAAGAUGAGUGUUCAUAACUUCAGAUCGCUCCUACUAGUAGCAAUCGUUUUAAGCAAUUGUGUAACUUGGACGACAUCUAUAUAUAAUGUUGACCGACAUCUCACCAGACACAAAUGGCAAGGCGUAUAUCUACCUGCAUCCUACGUCAUACCUGGGGGAGAAGGGUCGGGACCCUGGGGAGAUUGGGGGGAGAUCUCCCCUUGCUCUAGGACCUGCGGAGGAGGCGUAGCCAGCCAGAAGAGAAUAUGUCUGGAGCCAGGACCACGCAACUCGUGUACUGGCGGCGACACGAAGUACUUCUCGUGCCAGACGCAGGACUGUCCCGCCGGCUCGGGCGACUUCAGAGCCGAGCAAUGCGCAGAGUUCAACGACGUGGAGUUCAGGGGUUACAAGUACAAUUGGGUGCCGUACACGAAAGUCCCGAACCCUUGCGAGCUGAACUGCAUGCCACAUACUGAGCGGUUUUACUUCCAAAUCAAGAAGAGCGUGAUCGACGGCACCAGGUGUAACGACGAUUCCUUCGACGUGUGUGUCGCCGGUGUCUGUCAGCACGUGGGCUGUGACAUGAUGCUGGGCUCCAGUGCCAGUGAGGAUAAGUGUCGGGAGUGCAGAGGGAACGGCACCAACUGUCACACUAUGGAAGGAUUGUUCGACUCACAGGAUCUCCUAGAAGGCUACAACGACAUCCUGCUGAUUCCUGAAGGCUCCACCACCAUCAUUAUUGAGGAAAUACAACCAUCAAAUAACUAUUUAGCAUUGAGAGCUAAAAACGGCACGUACUACCUGAACGGCCACUACCACAUCGACUUCCCGAGGAGCAUCAUGAUCGCUGGCGCUCUCUGGACAUACGAGCGCAGUCAGCAAGGUUUCCCUGCGCCUGACAAACUCCGCUGCCUAGGACCUAUCACAGAACCUCUGUAUCUCUCCCUUCUUCUGCAAGAUGAAAACGUCGGGAUUAAAUACGAGUACAGCAUCCCCAACAACUCUACACCCCCACACAAGCAGUACAACUGGGUGCAUGAGGAGUUUACGCCUUGCAGCGCCACCUGCGGCGGUGGUUACCAAACCCGCAACGUGACAUGCAGAUCGAGGGAAGAGUUGGAGGUGGUUGACAGCAACUUAUGUGACGAGGGUCUGAAGCCCCCCACGAACCAGUCCUGUAACCAAGACCCCUGCCCCGCGCAGUGGGUGGCGGGACCUUGGGGAGACUGCUCCAAGAGGUGUGGCAGCGGAGGCGUCAAGUCUCGGGAGGUCACCUGCCAGAAAGUGAUUUGUAAUGGUAUCACUGCCAUAGUUCCUGAUAAAGAGUGCUUGGAUUUGCUGGGCCCAAAACCUGAGCCAACGCAGAACUGUGACGUAGAUGUGCCCUAUCCAGCCUGGUUCGUUGGAAAAUGGACACCGUGCGACAAACUCUGUGACGAGGGUAAGCAAAGAAGACAGGUGGUAUGUCGCCAGAAGAUCAAUGGCCGUAUCACAGUGCUCGGUGAAGGAAACUGCACAGACGAGAAGCCAACAGUUGAGCAGAAGUGUAUGAUACAGCCCUGCGACGGUGUGGACUGGGUCACUUCUGAUUGGUCUGAGUGUGACACCUGCAUCUCAAAGAGACGGACGCGAACGGUGAUAUGUUUGACUUUAUAUCAUAUUGGAGUGAAUGACAGCUUCUGUAGCCGCCAUCAACGUCCAGUGGAGCAAGAAGAAUGUGACCGAGGCGCCGAGGGGCUCCUUUCACCGUCCGAGGCGCAGUGGUAUACUACGGAUUGGAGCAAGUGUUUCGUGCGCCGUGGCGAUAGAGUUCAGAUUAGGAGUGUAUUCUGUAGUGUUUACAAGAACGACAGCGUGGAACAAGUGGAAGACUCAAAUUGUGCUCACCUCUUGAAAUGCAAUGACACCAAACUUUGCUCCGAAUCCGAAGAGGAAUAUCCUUUUCAAUGGUUCAGUGGACCCUGGUCUUCAUGCACCAAAGAAUGCGGUGGAGGAGAGCAGUACAGGCGUGUCAUGUGUAUGCGAGGGGAUAUUGAGGAGAUCUUUUGCCCUUGGGUAGGCAUUAUGCCAGAUUCUACGCAGUUAUGCAACACUGAACCUUGUGACCCAGCAAUAACCAAUCCAAAGCAUUUAAGCAGCUUUGAUGAAAAAAAGCCGCUGUGUAACGAGACUAAGUUCGGCUGCUGUCCUGAUAACAGGACCGCCAGCCUAGGGACCUCCCAUACCUACCGCUGCAAAUCCUACCUGCUCGAGAGCCCAUGGUGCAACGCCUGUGACGGCACGUUCCUAGGGAUACUGAAUGCGUCUCCCAUGAGUUAUGUUUGGUCGCUCCUACUAGUAGCAAUCGUUUUAAGCAAUUGUGUAACUUGGACGACAUCUAUAUAUAAUGUUGACCGAUAUCUCACCAGACACAAAUGGCAAGGCGUAUAUCUACCUGCAUCCUACGUCAUACCUGGAGGAGAAGGGUCGGGACCCUGGGGAGACUGGGGGGAGAUCUCCCCUUGCUCUAGGACCUGCGGAGGAGGCGUAGCCAGCCAGAAGAGAAUAUGUCUGGAGCCAGGACCACGCAACUCGUGUACUGGCGGCGACACGAAGUACUUCUCGUGCCAGACGCAGGACUGUCCCGCCGGCUCGGGCGACUUCAGAGCCGAGCAAUGCGCAGAGUUCAACGACGUGGAGUUCAGGGGUUACAAGUACAAUUGGGUGCCGUACACGAAAGUCCCGAACCCUUGCGAGCUGAACUGCAUGCCACAUACUGAGCGGUUUUACUUCCAAAUCAAGAAGAGCGUAAUCGACGGCACCAGGUGUAACGACGAUUCCUUCGACGUGUGUGUCGCCGGUGUCUGUCAGCACGUGGGCUGUGACAUGAUGCUGGGCUCCAGUGCCAGUGAGGAUAAGUGUCGGGAGUGCAGAGGGAACGGCACCAACUGUCACACUAUGGAAGGAUUGUUCGACUCACAGGAUCUCCUAGAAGGCUACAACGACAUCCUGCUGAUUCCUGAAGGCUCCACCACCAUCAUUAUUGAGGAAAUACAACCAUCAAAUAACUAUUUAGCAUUGAGAGCUAAAAACGGCACGUACUACCUGAACGGCCACUACCACAUCGACUUCCCGAGGAGCAUCAUGAUCGCUGGCGCUCUCUGGACAUACGAGCGCAGUCAGCAAGGUUUCCCUGCGCCUGACAAACUCCGCUGCCUAGGACCUAUCACAGAACCUCUGUAUCUCUCCCUUCUUCUGCAAGAUGAAAACGUCGGGAUUAAAUACGAGUACAGCAUCCCCAACAACUCUACGCCCCCCACCGACAAGCAGUACAACUGGGUGCAUGAGGAGUUUACGCCUUGCAGCGCCACCUGCGGCGGUGGUUACCAAACCCGCAACGUGACAUGCAGAUCGAGGGAAGAGUUGGAGGUGGUUGACAGCAACUUAUGUGACGAGGGUCUGAAGCCCCCCACUAAUCAGUCCUGCAACCAAGACCCCUGCCCCGCGCAGUGGGUGGCGGGACCUUGGGGAGACUGCUCCAAGAGGUGUGGCAGCGGAGGCGUCAAGUCUCGGGAGGUCACCUGCCAGAAAGUGAUUUGUAAUGGUAUCACUGCCAUAGUUCCUGAUAAAGAGUGCUUGGAUUUGCUGGGCCCAAAACCUGAGCCAACGCAGAACUGUGACGUAGAUGUGCCCUAUCCAGCCUGGUUCGUUGGAAAAUGGACACCGUGCGACAAACUCUGUGACGAGGGUAAGCAAAGAAGACAGGUGGUAUGUCGCCAGAAGAUCAAUGGCCGUAUCACAGUGCUCGGUGAAGGAAACUGCACAGACGAGAAGCCAACAGUUGAGCAGAAGUGUAUGAUACAGCCCUGCGACGGUGUGGACUGGGUCACUUCUGAUUGGUCUGAGUGUGACACCUGCAUCUCAAAGAGACGGACGCGAACGGUGAUAUGUUUGACUUUAUAUCAUAUUGGAGUGAAUGACAGCUUCUGUAGCCGCCAUCAACGUCCAGUGGAGCAAGAAGAAUGUGACCGAGGCGCCGAGGGGCUCCUUUCACCGUCCGAGGCGCAGUGGUAUACUACGGAUUGGAGCAAGUGUUUCGUGCGCCGUGGCGAUAGAGUUCAGAUUAGGAGUGUAUUCUGUAGUGUUUACAAGAACGACAGCGUGGAACAAGUGGAAGACUCAAAUUGUGCUCACCUCUUGAAAUGCAAUGACACCAAACUUUGCUCCGAAUCCGAAGAGGAAUAUCCUUUUCAAUGGUUCAGUGGACCCUGGUCUUCAUGCACCAAAGAAUGCGGUGGAGGAGAGCAGUACAGGCGUGUCAUGUGUAUGCGAGGGGAUAUUGAGGAGAUCUUUUGCCCUUGGGUAGGCAUUAUGCCAGAUUCUACGCAGUUAUGCAACACUGAACCUUGUGACCCAGCAAUAACCAAUCCAAAGCAUUUAAGCAGCUUUGAUGAAAAAAAGCCGCUGUGUAACGAGACUAAGUUCGGCUGCUGUCCUGAUAACAGGACCGCCAGCCUAGGACCCUUUGAUAAAGACUGUAGCAUCCCAAGCACAUGCAAGGAAUCCACCUACGGUUGCUGUCCUGACGGUUUAUCCCCGAAGCUGGGCGACACUGAUGAAGGCUGUCCCGUGGAGGCGUGCGCAGACACGUUGUUCGGCUGCUGCCUCUCUGACAACAAGACGGCGGCUCAAGGCAAUGACCAGGAGGGAUGCCCACCACCACCGCCAGCCUGCGCAGCGUCUGAGUUUGGCUGCUGUGCUGAUAACGAGACUGAAGCAACCGGACCCAAAAAGGCAGGAUGCCCAGAAACUUCAACCACUGCAGCUGGUGCAGAAACCACAAGUGAAACUACUGAAGCUCUUGAAACGAGUGAAGGAAGCACCACCACGUCGGCAGGUAGUACGGAGAUCGGUAGCACCCUGGACCUGUGCAGUAGUUUCGAGUUCGGAUGCUGCGCUGACAACCAGACUGAAGCCAAGGGACCCGACGGUCAGGGAUGCCCAUGCGAUGCUACUAAGCUUUGUGGCUAUCCCGAGGAUCCUGUAAAGACGCCUGCGAGGAUUGCUGGAGAUGAGAAUGCCGUGGUGACCGGAGAGCUGGGCAGCCCGCUCUCAGUGCAGUGCUUGACGUAUGGGUACCCACGGCCAUAUGUAUUAUGGUACAGAGGCCAUGACAUAUCAAAGGGGGUAUACAAUGAUGAUGUGUACGAAGCAAGAAGUAACGUGUUUAUUAUCAGAAAUCUGGCUAUGGAUACUCUCGGGCAAUACACGUGCCAAGCGUACAACGGGGAAGGCAUGGCGGCGUUAUGGGUGGUAACUAUACGCGCAUUCAGACCUGAGGGACUGUACACUGAGAAUGAGUUGUUAGUGCCACGCGAGACGCUGCCACUGAGGCCCAAGACACAGGUUUCCACCACCGCGGAGUCUACUAAAACGCACAUAUUUAUGUUUACUGAAUCUUCGAUCUCAGAAGCUGAACCAGGAACAACAACUGCAACUGUCGGGGCUCUUGAAACGAGUGAAGGAAGCUCGCCCGGAGCAGACACCACGGAGGUCGGUAGCUCCACCCUGUACCUGUGCAGUGGCUUCGAGUUCGGAUGCUGCGCUGACAACCAGACUGAAGCCAAGGGACCCGACGGUCAGGGAUGCCCAUGCGAUGCUACUAAGCUUUGUGGCUAUCCCGAGGGCGUACCAGCGCCACCAAAGGUGACACUGCAGCCGGAGCUCCAGGUGGCAGCUUCGGAAGGUGGUAAAGCUACCCUCCGGUGUCUGUUCCACGGCAACCCUCCGCCCAAGAUCACGUGGAGACAUGGGAAGCAGGAAAUCGACGGCAGCGCGGGUCGCUACAGGCUGAUGUCGGACGGCGCGCUGGAGAUCGUGUCUCUAUACCGGAACGACACCGGGGUCUACAUCUGUGUGGCCGACAAUGGGCUCGGAGUGGCCACGCAGGAGAUACACCUGGUCGUCAAUGAUCCUGUAAAGACGCCUGCAAGGAUUGCUGGAGAUGAGAAUGCCGUGGUGACCGGAGAGCUGGGCAGCCCGCUCUCAGUGCAGUGCUUGACGUAUGGGUACCCACGGCCAUAUGUAUUAUGGUACAGAGGCCAUGACAUAUCAAAGGGGGUAUACAAUGAUGAUGUGUACGAAGCAAGAAGUAACGUGUUUAUUAUCAGAAAUCUGGCUAUGGAUACUCUCGGUCAAUACACGUGCCAAGCGUACAACGGGGAAGGCAAGGCGGCGUUAUGGGUGGUAACUGUACGCGCAUUCAGACCUGAGGGACUGUACACUGAGAAUGAGUUGUUAGUGCCACGCGAGACGCUGCCACCGAGGCCCAAGACACAGGUUUCCACCACCGCGGAGUCUGCUGAAACGCACAUAUUUAUGUUUACUGAAUCUUCGAUCUCAGAAGCUGAAACAGGAACAACAACUGCAACUGUCGGGGCUCUUGAAACGAGUGAAGGAAGCUCGCCCGGAGCAGACACCACGGAGGUCGGUAGCUCCACCCUGGACCUGUGCAGUGGCUUCGAGUUCGGAUGCUGCGCUGACAACCAGACUGAAGCCAAGGGACCCGACGCACUAUGGAAAAUGGUAGAACAAACGCAUAUCAAAAAUGCUUUUUACGAAUAUCAUAAUUUGGCUAAUAUGGCUAUUUUAUUAGGUUCUCUAAUAUGCGACGGUCAGGGAUGCCCAUGCGAUGCUACUGAGUUUGGUUGCUGUCCUGAUGGUGUCUCUCCAGCUAAAGGAGCAGACAGCGAAGGUUGCCCGGGUCCCUGCAGCACGUCACCGUACGGUUGCUGCGAGGACAACAAGACCCCUGCCCACGGACCCAACUUUGAAGGAUGCUGCUUACUGCAAGCGUUUGGAUGCUGCCCAGACAACCGCAAGCCUGCCGAAGGACCACAUCUUGAAGGAUGUGGGUGUCAAUACUCGAUCUACGGAUGCUGCCCUGACAACGUCACCAACGCUCAGGGAGCAGACAACCAGGGCUGCGGCUGUCAGUACACACAGCACGGCUGCUGUCCGGACAGACAUACGGCUGCCGCUGGCCCCAACAACGAAGGCUGUGACUGCAGCACAUUCCAAUUCGGUUGCUGCCCUGAUGGCGUCACCAUCGCCAAAGGACCUGACCAGCAGGGCUGCCACUGCCGCAACUCCUUGUACGGCUGUUGCGGAGAUGGCGUUACUCCAGCGACUGGUCCUGACGCUGCAGGCUGCGACUGUUCCUCCAGUAUAUAUGGCUGCUGCCCCGACGGAAAUACUAAAGCAACUGGCCCUAAGUUCUUUGGGUGUACUGAUGUACCUGAAAAUAAACAAGCUGCCUGCAGCUUACCAACGGACCCAGGCUCAUGUCACAACUUUACGGCGAUGUGGUACUUCGAUAUGACCUAUGGAGGCUGCUCCCGUUUCUGGUACGGAGGCUGUGAGGGUAACGGAAACCGUUUCGCCACGAAAGAGGACUGUGAGGAUGUGUGUGUACAGCCCUCACCGAAAGAUGCAUGCAACCUUCCGAGCGUAAAGGGCGCCUGUGACGGUAGCUACGAGCACUGGCACUACAAUAGCACGCGCGAGCAGUGUGUUCCGUUCCUAUACGGAGGCUGCCUCGGCAACGCCAACAACUUCGAGACCAGGGAGCUCUGCCAGAAGCAGUGCGAGCCUAAAGCGGUUGAAGGGCAAUGCGACCUGCCGAUAGAGCAGGGCUCGUGUGCCGGCAACUUCAGUCGCUGGGGCUUCAACCCUGCCACCCGCAGCUGCGAGCAGUUUAUAUGGGGAGGAUGUGAGGGCAACUCCAACCGGUUCAAUACCGAGGCCGCUUGUCGGAUGCGCUGCAACCCACCAGGGUCACAACCACCUCAAUGCGCAGAGUCACAAGAAGCAGGCUCUUGUGACAAUAAGGAAGCUCUCUGGUCGUUCAGUGUGUCAAAAAACCGCUGCGUACCAUUCUACUACAGCGGAUGUGGAGGCAACAACAACAGGUUCCCGUCCAGGGAGGCUUGUGAACAGACCUGUCCUGCCGCUUACGUGCCCGAUAAAUGCACGCUGCCCGCCGAAACCGGUCAGUGCUCCAACUACAGGGAACGGUGGUUCUUUGACACCACGUUCAAGAGAUGUCGUCAGUUCUACUACGGUGGUUGCGGCGGUAACGAGAACAACUUUGCCACCGAAGCAGAGUGUGAGAACUCGUGCGCAGAGCUUAGGACCACCACUACCACCACCACCACCACAGUCAGACCUGUUGAACCACGACCGCAAGCAGGUCCAGAGGAACCAUCCACGCCUGAUAUUAUUGUGACGACUGUAACCUACUUCUCAAUCGAAUUCAUACUCUCUGAUACAGCUGAUCCUUGCGUACUCCCUCUUGAGGCGGGCACCUGUAGUGACUACAUCCGACAGUGGUACUACGACCCAGCUUACGACCAAUGUAACCAGUUCGCGUUCACCGGCUGCGGCGGUAAUGCCAACAGAUUCGAGACUCGACGUGACUGUGAGUCUCGCUGCAAGCGUCCUGAGCUGCGCACCACUACCACAGUAGCCCCACAACCACCACCGCAGCCGCAAGCAGAACCAGAAUGCAAGACCCCAACUUCACUGGAACCAUGCGGCAACAACGUGACAGUGUUCUACUACGACGCGGAGAGUCGACGGUGCCUCGUCAGCGGCUUCGGAGGUUGUGAACAUCCAAACUCCUACAGUCUUUCUCAUAAAACCAUAACGGAGGAGGAGUGUGAGAGGACCUGCGGUGCCUUCCGCGGACUAGAUGUGUGUGGCGCUCGCCUGGACCCGGGUCCAUGCCGCGCUUCCAUCCCCAAGAUCUAUUGGGACGACAUAUCCGGCUCCUGUCAACCGUACGCGUACGGCGGCUGCAAUGGCGGACCCAACCGGUUCUCCAACGUCGAGGAGUGUGAGAGUGUGUGUGGAGGCACCGGACCUGCGCCGGAGUGCCUGCAGGCGGUCGACACGGGCGAGAGCUGCGGGGUCGCGGCGGCGCAGCGCUGGCACUACAGCGUAGCGCACGUCGACUGCGUCGUGUUCGCGUACCUCGGCUGCGGCGGCAACUACAACAACUUCCGCUCCUACGAAGAGUGUGCGGACGUCUGCGGACUGUCGCGUACGAGCGGCCGCGAUGUGCCGGUGAGCGCGCACAUGUCCUCCCCGUACUCAACACUCAACGUGGGCACAAGCCUGGAGCUGACGUGCGAAGUGGAUGGGUUCCCGGCACCCGACGUCUAUUGGACGAAGGGCGACGAACGUCUACAGCAGAGCGAAAGGAUUCGUAUUACUGGUAGCGAGGUGGUCUCCCGGCUGACAGUGCUGCAGGUGACAGUCGCAGACAGCGGGCUGUACGCGUGCCACGCCAGCAACUCCUACAGCUCGCAGACUGCCACUGCGCAGAUCACCGUACAGCAGCAACUGGUACCAGCUAAAUGCACGGACAAUCCGUUCUUCGCCAACUGCGACCUGAUCGCGCGCAGCAAGUUCUGCAGGCACAAGUAUUAUUCCAAGUUCUGUUGUAAGUCGUGCGUGGAGGCAGGCCAGCUCGACCCUCAGGAGGCAGAGGUUCAAGCAGACCAGCCCUUGAUGAAGAAGAAGUAGACGGCUGCGCAGCACCGUACAUAGUAUAAGUGCGGCCAGACGCGACCGACAGCGACGUUAGGAUAGAAAUAAUACUCAACACUACUUAAUCAUGUAAAGUUAAGUUGAAAUGUUAAUGAAUGAAUGCCAAUGACUUGAACAGCAUCACAUGCUGCCGUCUGUGUAUUGUCUUUACAGUUAGUUGUGCUAACUGCAAAGGUGAUUAGUUGUACGUGUAUCUUACUUCGUUACCCACUCUCCUGUCGGUCGCUAGUCCUGGUACAUUCGUUAUUGUUUCAUGUGCCAUAAUGUAAUAAAAAAAAAUAAUAAUAAAAUUUAUUUAUUUUCCACCAUAUUUAUACAGACAUUGGUCUUAAAAACUAAGCUUAAAUAAUAAUUAAUAAUAUAAUAAAUUCUGUAGCAAGUUACACGACCAGGUUUAAAACAAUUGAAAUAACAAGUGGUGGGAUUCAGGAACCCAAACUAGGAAAACCUGUACUAUGGGCUCCUGGCCUUUCCCUCACGGAUAUGGACUAUUAUUUUAUAAAUUAUAUAAAUUUAUAUGAAAGUAAAUUCAAUAAACAAAACUAAAACUUCUUCUAAACAAAAAGAUAGAAAAAAAUAUUAAUAAUAAAAUUUAAAAAUUUAAAAAGUACCAAUCUGUAUGUGUGUGUGUGUGUGUGUGUGUGUGUGUGUGUGUGGGUGUGUGGGUGGGUGUGUGUGUGUGUGUGUAUGUGUGUGUGUGUAUGUGUGUGUGUGCGCGCGCGCGCGUGCGUGUGUAUGUGGUGAAAAGUGAUACAUAUUUGUGUGUGAAGUGAUGUACGCAUGCAUGUAUACCAUGUUGUGAGAAUGUGUGACCAAUGACAUGCGCUAGCAUAAAGUAGUGAGUAGUUGUUCUGUCUAGUUCUAAAAGAACUAGAUUACGAACUGAGUAACUUUUUUUUUACAUUCUAAUUUGGACAGUUUGACGAUUUCAAGUUUUUUGUUUACUUUAUUAUAUAAAUUAUUGCUUCUAUAGUUGAGGAAUUUUUGUGCAAAGGAUGUAUGGACUGGAACUGGAUUACAAACGUCAAAGUAUCUUCUUUUGUUUUGUUUGUUUCGGAUUGAAGGGAGAUCAAUAGAUGUGUGCUUUUUAAGGAUGAUGUCAAGUAUAUAGAGUUGUCUAACUGUAAGGACGUUGCUGUCUUUAUACAAUGAAGUAGUUGGGUACAGUCUGGGUUUGGAUAGUGCUACUUUUAGAUUUAAUCGUUGGCCUCUUUCGACUGUAAGGAAGUGAGAUUUAUGGGAGCCACCCCAGAUAGAAAUGCCAUAACAGAGAAUAGAUUGACAGAGUGAUUUAUACACAGUUUUUAUUAUUUUCCAGCAUGUAACAUGUCUAAGGUUUUUAAAAAUAUGAAUAAGUUUUCUAGUCUUUUGCGUUAAGUUAAAAAUAUGUUUUUUGAAAGUUAAAUUUUGAUCGAUUGUUAUGCCUAAGUAUUUUAUUGUGUCGGUUUUGGAUAUAUUUGGACAAGUGGAACAAUUAAAAACAGAGGAGUGACAAGAAUGAGCGUAAAUAUUAAAGUUAUUAGGGAUGGAUGUGAAAUUGUGUAUUGAGUAAGUGAUGUACUUAGUUUUGGCUGCAUUUAAUGUUAACUUAUUGAUAGCGAGCCAGUGAGUAACUAUAUUAAAGCCAUUUUGAGCAGAGCUAAAUGUCUCGUCCCAAGUGUCUCCGAAAAAGGUUAGUGUGGUGUCAUCUGCAUAUGAUAGUAUUUGACAGUUGUUAAUAUUUAAAUUACAUAAGUCAUUAAUAUAACAAAGGAAUAGAGUUGGGCCUAAAAUACUGCCUUGAGGCACACCCAUGUUAAUGUCAUUUUCUGUACUUGAUGUGUUUCCUAUUCGAACCAUUUGGGUACGAUCUUCUAAAUAAUUUUGAAAAAGAGCUAGUUGAUUAUUCCUAAUACCCAGUUUUUCUAAUUUAUCUACCAAGAGUCGUGGACAGACUGUAUCAAAAGCCUUUUGCAAAUCUAAAAAUAUAGUCAAACAUUUUUUCUUAUUAUCCAAUUUGUCAACAAUGAAUUCGCUAAAACUAUGUAGACAAUCAGUGGUUGAGAUACCUUUCCUAAAGCCAUAUUGAUUUUUGGAAAGGAUAUUUUUGUCCCUGAGAUUAUUGUUUAUUAUCCUUUCAAAUAUUUUUGACAAGAUUGGAAGCAUAGCUAUAGGUCGGUAAUUAGAGGCAUCCUCUUUAUUCCCACUUUUAAAUAUAGGCACGAUUACAGACUUCUUUAGACAUUUGACAUUUACUUCUUUAGACAUUUCAAUAGAAUGUUACUCGUGUGCAGCGCCCCACGGCGCUCCACAGCGCGCAUGUACGAAACACGCAAUCAUACCAAUAGAUUUAAUGUAGAUAGGUAUAAUUGAACAAAACUAUUUUUAUGUAAAUAAAUAUUUUUAAAUAUGUCACAAACUCCAUCUGUGAUGGAAUAUUUUGAGUAAUUUUACAAUUUCUAUAGUUAGUUAGUCAGAAAGAAUAUUAUAGUAAAUAAAUUAUUUAUACAAUAAGUUGUCUAAUAAAGUGAAUGUUUAGCUCGUAGGGUGGCUAGUUGACAGUCAUAAUAAUUUGUUUAAGUGGAAUCCUUUUCUAUAAUUGUGACGAUGUAAAUAGAUGGACAAUAAAAAACGUAUUAGCAAAA